UAAACCUCUGAGUGUACGUACGCUCGUGUGCAGGAAACGAUGUUCGUGAAAAGGUAUCCGAUCAGAGGAGCCUCCGCCGGUAAAAACCCUUCGCCGCCGCCGCCUCCGUUGAAUGUUGCAGUGGCGCACAUAAGAGUGGGAUCUUACUACGAAAUCGAUUCCUCCGUCCUCCCUCUGAGAUCAUCGACGCCGGAGCAGCUCAAAUCCAUCAGAAUCGUCAUGGUGAACAAAGUCACGGGACGUCACGUGUCUCUCCGGUACCCGAGCAUGUACUCACUCAUAUCGUAUUUCGAUUUCGCCGCUACUAACCGGACUAAACCGGAGAAUAAGAAGAGUGGUGGUAGUCUUCUUCCGGUUCUUGACGAGGGGUAUGUGACGACGGCGGAUCUAGCCGGAGACUUGCUCUACAGAAGAAUCCCACCUCACGAGGUUUCUCUGAGUAGAAAGUCCUGGAGUUUUUGGGUUUCCGACGAUUCUCAACCGGCGAAGCACAACGCCGCUAGACUCUAUCGCGCGAUUUCGCCUGAGGGAAAGUGCUGGUCUGAGCUGAGAUCGAGAGGGAUGGUCAAGUGGGGGAAGAGGUUGCGCGUCCGCUACCAGAGCCGCCAUAUUGACUAUAACAACAACAAGAGUUGUAGACUCAAGGAGGAAGAUGAUGGCACUGGUAAGAGGAAGCUAAGUGAAUCCAGGGCUGAGAAUCUCGCUAAGAGGGCUAAGGUGCUUGAUCAGAAGAAGGAAAACCAAAUCGUUGUUUAUAAGAGGAAAACAGGGGAUGAGAUUGAAAGCAGUGAUCUUCGAGCUGAGAAGGAUGCAAACGAGAAGAGAAGAUUCGCUCAGAGGGCCAAUGUAUCUGAGCAGAAGAAGGAGAAUCAGAUUGUGGUUUAUACGAGGAGAUCAGAGAAGAACUUUAUUGACAGAUGGUCUGUUGAGAGGUACAAACUUGCUGAGAAGAACAUGUUAAAAGUGAUGAAGGAGAAAAACGCUGUGGUUGGUAACUCCAUGCUCAGGGCAGAGUUGAGGUCAGAAGCAAGGAAGCUGAUUGGGGACACGGGUCUUUUAGAUCAUCUGCUUAAGCACAUGGCAGGGAAGGUGGCUCCUGGAGGUCAAGACAGGUUUAGGAGAAAACACAAUGCAGAUGGAGCUAUGGAGUAUUGGUUGGAGAGUUCUGAUUUGGUUAACUUAAGGAAAGAAGCAGGAGUCGAAGAUCCUUAUUGGACACCUCCACUUGGUUGGAAGCUUGGUGACAGUCCUACUCAAGAUCCUGUCUGCGCUGGAGAUAUCCGUGACAUCAGAGAAGGAUUAGCUAGCCUUAAAAGAGAGAUGGAGAAACUCACGUCAAAGAAAGAAGAGGAGGAGCUUGCUAUCAUGACUACACCUAAAUCUUGUGUUACUAGUCAGAACGUACACCAUGAUAGCAUGAUGACUCCAGCAAAGGAAAUCUACGCUGAUCUGCUGAAGAAAAAAUCCAAAAUUGAGGACCAGCUAGUGAUAAUUGCAGAUACCUUGCGCAAAAUGGAGGAAGACAUGGGAUGGCUUAAGAAAACAGUGGACGAGAACUGUCCUAGAAUGCCAGACUCAACGGAGAUGCCUUUUCUACUAGAGGAUUCACCAAUGUUGAAGACACAAGAAGGAGAAGUGAAGGAAAAUCAAAUCACGGAGUCACCUCAAAAAGCUAGGAAUCAUAAUCGACAAGAACAACCAUCACUUAUACACAACACUGGUUUCAGAAUCUGCAGGCCUGUGGCGAGUUUCUCCUGGCCUAAACUGCCUGCCCUUGUUGCUGCAACUGAUACUGAUGAGUUUGCUUCUUCGCCUAGUCACCGACCAUCUCCCGUCUUGCCUUUUCCAUUCACCCUUCGUUCUCCAGAAACGCCAACAAAUCUCUUUGACCUUUAAAGCUGUCAUCAGUCUUGAGAUCUUACUUGCCCUACAAGUAAGCUGUCAAUGGUAAACCACAAGCGAGCAGGUUUUUACAACUAUCACUUAUUAUAGAAUUUAAGGUACGGAAAAUAAGAGAAGGGACCCUUAUUCUUAUGGGAGCAAUAAUUGGGAAUUUUGAAUUAUUUUUCCUCUUUACUUUAUGUCUCAUAGAGGGAUGUCUUGAAUGGACUUUAUAUAUCAUAGGAAAAUAUUUUGAAGAUUGAAA